UCUAUUAUUAAAAAAUUAGAUGCGGAUUUUUUGUGAAAAUUGUGUAGAAAAAUAUAAUUCUUGUUUAUCAAAUAAAUAAAAGUUGGAUUUCGGUCUAACGGCAAUUUACAUGAACAUGUCAUAUCACUCGCAUUUGCUAGUAAAAACACCAUAAUUCAUGAGGUAAUUCAUAGACAGCAUUUAUCAAGAUGAAGGAGAAAGCAAAAAAAAAGUCUAAACCUAAACAACAGUUUAGUUACACAUGUCCACAAUGUCAUAAGCAAUUCCAAGACUCGUCAGCCCUCUACUCUCACGUGAAACUCCACUCCACCGAGCUGCCCUACCAAUGCGAGCUCUGUGAUUACAAGUGUAAGAUUAAGAAGUACUUAACUCGCCACGUGAAGAAGACGCACACAGCGCCCACGGGGAACCAGUGCGCGGUGUGCGGCAAGUGCUUCCACUUUGAGUGUAAGCUGAGGGUGCAUAUGAGAGUGCACACUGGUGAGAAGCCAUACAAAUGUAGUGAAUGCGACAAGGCGUUUAGUUCUUCCUACUCAUUGAGCGGUCACAAGCUAAUACAUACUGGAGAAAAGCCGUAUCAAUGCCAAUUCUGUGACUACGCUUGUCGCGAUACCUCUACUAUUAGGAAGCACAUGGAGAGACACAUGGGCGUGUCCAAAACAUAUCCCUGCAAUAUAUGUAAUAAGAAUUACAAAAAUAAGCGAACACUACAAAUUCACGUGGACGAGGUGCAUUUUGAACUCAAUACGCGCAAGUUCCCAUGCGGGCACUGUGAUAAAGUAUUCAAGACUAAAGGCACGCUUAGGAUACACUGGAAUACCGUUCAUCUGAAAAUAAACAGGACAAAAUGUGAGAUUUGCGGUGCUGAUGUCAGUAAGAAUAACAUAAAUUCACACAUGAGAAGACAUAUAGAUGUUAAACCUUUCAAGUGUAGCUUCAAACCUUGUGGGAAGCGGUUUAAGGAUAAGAGUGACCUCAAACGCCACUGCCUGAUCCACUACCCGGACAGGCAGUACGCGUGCGCGCUGUGCCACCGCCGCUUCGCGCGGAAGACGCGGCUCAACAAGCAUGUGAGCAGGCACCUUAAUGGCUACGACGUGCAGUGCGAUUACUGCGGGGAUAUGUUCGCAACAAAACUCCGUCUGUCGACUCACAUAACGCGGUCCCACGGACCGAACUCUAAGAUCUAUAUCUGCGACACAUGCGACAUGGUGUUUCACAGCCGGCGGAGUAUCACCAGCCAUCUCAUGUACGGACACGGCGCUGAACACGACAGAGUAUGUCAGAUAUGUAAGGAAGAUCUGAACAAUUACCAGACAUUGAAAGAGCACUAUUUGAAACAUCAUAACGUCAAAUACAACGUAUUGGGGGAAAAGAAAGAAGAUGAAGAUGAAGUUCUAAUAAAAGAGGAACCAAUAGAUAUGGAAGAAUUUUUAGAAGAAACGCCGGAAUUUCUCUACGAUGUGGAUAUACGAAAACAAGAUAUGGAUGAAGAACCACAACAACCCCACCAACCACAGCCACCACACUCACCAACCCCAGACACGUCAGAACAGGAGUCUGACAGUCUAACAUACUCCAAGAAGGUGCUAUCAGAAGAUAUAUCCAGAAGUAUUAUAGAGCGAGAUGCCGACACUCACGAUGUGUUCGAUGACUUCUUUAUAGAUCAUGUGCUGAAGAAACCGGAAGAGGGAGUUCGAAUGCCAAAGCACAUAGUAGACGAGAAGAAGAAGGAAUGCGUGGAGAAACGCCUGGAGAAGCUUCUCCACCGAGUGCGACUGCGCAAACAGUGCAGAGUUUUGGAGAAACUCAGGAUCCAGUACAAUAGGAGGAUUGGCAUGGCUACUAGUAACGGGGAUAAGAAAGAACCAAAAUCAAUAAGGUAUUUCAAAAACACCCAAAAAAGUAAAGAAACAGAAAACCAAAAAGAUAUCAACAAUGAUAAAGAUAUAACAAAAGAAAAGCAUAGUGAACCAAUUGAUCAGUCAAAAGAUGAUAGCAAUAUACAAAAGAUACGCACAAGAGGUGAUGAAAAGAUAAAAGAUAGAAGUGAUGAUGAUGAUGAUAAAGAUAUAAACUACAGAGAAAGUGAUUCAGAAAGUGAUGAAGAAAUUCAAAAUAAAAAAUUGAAAUUCAAUACUCAUCAGUGUUAUAUUUGUUUUAAGCUAUUCAAAACGAAAACCGAAUUAAAACGUCACUGCAGACAUCAUUUUGACAUUUGUAACGAAAAAAUGCUCAAAAAAUGCCCUUUCUGUGGCUAUGUUACAAACAAGCAGAUAUCUAGACAUAUACGUCUAGUUCACAAAUUAGAUCUAGACAUUCCUUACGCUAGAAUCAAAGAGAGAGAUACUCAAACUGGAUCAAAAUACGUCUUCGAAAUUGACAAAGAUUGUGACCUUGAAAUAAUACCAAGUAUAAGCAAUUUGAAUAAAAUAGCUUCGAUGAAAAUUGAUGAGAAAAAUCGCGCGGACAAAAAUGUGUUUUUAGGUACUACUAAGUUGGUCAAGAAAGGUGGGGAUUGGAUGGUAGAAAAAGAAAAAGUUAAUGUUAGCAAUGAAUAUUUGUUACCAGAAUUCAGUAAGGAAGAUUAUUUAGCCUUAAAAUCAGUUGGGAAUAAUUACCUUGAAAGAAUUAGGAGUUUGAGUAUAGUAGCCAAAAAAAGGGGGUUGAAAAUCUUGUAUCCCUGUGAAGGAUGUGAAAAAAUAUGUCUGACUAUGAGCGCUUUGAAACUUCAUAACAGAAAACAUGAAAUUAACCCAAAAAGAUUCAAGCCUAAAGUUUGGAAAAAUAAAAUUGUUAACGGCAAACCUGGCAAAAAUAAAAAUAGUAAUAAUAAGAGAAAAAAACAAUACAGUAAUAACAACGAAAAUACUUCGAUUAAAUCGGUUACUAUUAACAAAGCUCCGAAAAAUAAUAAAAAAGGGAAAUUAGAAAAAAUCGAUAGUAAUUUGGAAUCGAAAGUCGCAAAUCGGUUCGCAGAUCCGAAUCCUGUGAAAAAUAAACAUAAGUGCGAUAAAAAACUCAUAGAAUUCUAUAAAAAUAAUAUAAAAGGUGGCGACAUAGAAUUUUGGCAAUUCUUGAAAAUUUUCAAUCGAAUGGGUCGGGAAAAUGUGAACGAUUUCGAAGAUUUGGAAAACCGAUUCGAUUUUGGUAUGCAUAAUAUUAAAAGUAAUAUCGACACUACAGAAAAUGCUGAAAAAUUGCCUGUAGUAAAUAAUGAAGUACCAAAUAAAAUUGUUAGUAAGAAAAAGGCGUUUACAAGAGCAAUUAUGAUUAGUAAGAAAGAAUAUUUGAAAAGGUUAGAAAUUAAAAAUCAGAUGAGGCAACGAUUAGGGCUGUUAAAAACUUAGAUAAAUAUGGAAUAGUGUAAUAAUAUCAUGAAGAUCCAAAAUAGUUAUUAAAAAAAAUAUUAACCUAUGGCACUGAUUUUGAAAAUAAGGAUUUUGUUAGCAAAAAUAUUGGCAUAAGGGUGCAUCUACACGGUGCAAGUAGCUUGCGUAUGUUGAUGCGCAUACGCAGGUUACAUGCAUUUCAAAAACGUGCGGGUCUAGCGACUCGCGCGUGUAUCAAAGCAAGAGACCCACCCGCGUGCUCUUGUCACUUGCGUAUUUUAACUUGCUCCAGCUACAUGCACCGUGUAGGCGCACCCUAACGUAUGUCUUUUGUAGGAAUAAUGAAAUAUAGAUAAUUAUGCGGUCCACGGAGUAUAUAAAACAUGAUUAUGUUCUAGUAUGUUUUAAAUACAAAAUCGUAAGUAGAUCUCAAGUUUUUUGCAUAAUAAUUUUUAACCGACUUCAAAAAAAAGGAGAAUGAGGUAUUAUGAAAUUGUCAAGUCUUUUUUUAAGUGUUUUUUGAAGUCGGUUUAUUUUUUUUUUUUUUACUUUUAGCCAGGUUUAAGUGUUAUAACUCUAUUAAAAUAUCUUACUCAAAUUAAAUAAACUUGUAACGCAUUGUAUUGGAAUACUUCAAAUUCUAGGAUUGUAAGCUUUGCACACAUUUCUGAAACAUUGUAACAUUUCUGUAGUUAGAAACAAUAAUUUAAGUAAAUAAUAUUUGGAAUAAAAUAGUUCACUUUUAAAAUACUACAUGAAAAUAAGGUUUUAUUAAUAUUAUUGUUUCUAAUUCACAAUUGUUUAAGCAAUAAAAUUUAGAAUUAGUAUAAAUUUUGUGAUUUAUAAAAUGUUUUAAGUAUCUCAAGAAAGCGUAAGACUUACUUUUGUGUAUAUCUGUGUUGCAAUUAUGCAAAAACUUGGUUUUAAAGAAUAGCAUAAGUUGUUUUAUUAAAUAAAUAACAUUUUGUUGAA